AUAUCGAUACCACAGGAUCGAUACGCACAUCCCUACUUGACAGGCACUUGACUGUUGAAACAUUGGCUUGCCUGACAGUCAUUAUCCGCUAACUUUAAACCCACGUACAUGUGCAUGAGGUGACUCUUCACUGGAAAGCUCCUAAAACAAAUACCCCACUAAAGUUGUCUGGAAAGUCAAACAUGAGCAGCAUGCUGGAAGCCCAGGCAGACCGAUGCAUGGAGCUGAAAGAUUGGGAGCAACGCUGGCAGGAAGACAAAACUGGCUUUCACCAGCCCCAUAUACACAAGAUGCUUGAGGGUAACGUUGACAAAGUGCUGCAUGGGCGGACUGGAGUUCGCUUCUUUUUCCCUCUCUGUGGAAAAGCUGUAGACAUGAAGUGGCUGGCAGACAUGGGACAUUCUGUGGUCGGAGUGGAGAUUUCCGAAAAAGCCAUUCAGCAGUUUUUUGAGGAGAGCAACCUGACUUACAGCGAGGAGCCUGUCCCUGCUAUACCUGGAGCAAAGGUCUACAAGAGCUUAGAGAGAAACAUCUCUUUGUAUAACUGUGACCUUUACAACUUCUCCAGUUCUAUUGAGGGAAAGUUCGGAGCCAUGUGGGACAGGGGAUCUUUUGUGGCCAUCAACCCAAGAGACCGAGAAAAGUACUCUGCUCUCAUCAUUUCUUUGAUGGCCGACGACUGCAGAUACCUUUUGUCCACGCUGAUGUACAAUCCCAAACUUUAUAAAGGUCCCCCCUUUGCUGUGCCCGGUGAGCAAGUACACUCCCUGUUCGAAAAAAAGUGCAACGUAGAGCAGCUUCUUUCCGAGGACGUCACGGUGGACAGAUAUGGCGCUUGGGGCAUCGACUACAUGAUCGAGCAGCUGUACCUCAUCACUCUAAAGAUCAGUGAAAAGUAGCAUUUGUCAACUCAAUGCAUCUUAUUUUAGUGGUAGAAAAUACAGAAUAGGGCAAUCUUAAAUAAACACAGUGGAUUUCAUCUAUACAAUUAAAUAAAUUUUGCAUACAUUUUAUUUUAUGACACCUAGUACUAAAGUUAUGUUUUAUUAUUGCAACAAAAGUUUUAGGUGUGUUAAAAUGAAACUGCACUUUUUGGGAGGAAUUUUGCCUAUUGUUCACGAUCAUUAUGAAAGACAUGGAUUUUUUUUUAAUGCAUUCAAAAUCAAAAGUCUGCUUACAAUGGAGCCUAUAGGAGCUGCUCUAUUCUGCCUAUAAUACCUUUAAAAACACCUCCAUUAAGGUCGUAUAUACAUGAUGUAAGUAUAUAUGUAAUUUAGUAACGGGCACACUUAUGAUAACAUUUAAUAUUUACCUAUUUUGUAUCAUGUUAUGGGGCGGCAUAGCUCGGUUGGUAGAGUGGCCGUGCCAGCAACAUGAGGGUUACAGGUUCGAUCCCCGCUUCCGCCAUCGUGUCCUUGGGCAAGACACUUUACCCACCUGCUCCCAGUGCCACCCACACUGGUUUAAAUGUAUCUUAGAUAUUGGGUUUCACUAUGUAAAAGCACUUUGAGUCACUAGAGAAAAGCGCUAUAUAAAUAUAAUUCACUUCACUUCACAUUUUAAGCGGUUGCGUCUGACCAGUCUUCCUCUCAGGGAAUAAAAGUCACUGGUCAAUCCCAAGUUCUUUUCAGAUGACAUAUAUGUUGCGUAAGAAGGACCAUCAAGACCAAGGGUCUCAAACUCAAUUUACCUGGGGGCCACUGGAUGCACAAACUGGGUGAGGCUGGGCCGCAAGAAAAGAUUUCUUAAAAAAAUCUAACAUGCACUUUUUAAUGAAUUCACCUUCUUAGAAUGGCUAUCCCGCCUUAGCAACAUAUUUGCCAACCCUCACGAUUUUUCCGGGAGACUCCCGAAUUUCAGUGCCCCUCCCGACAAUCUCCCAGGGCAACCAUUCGCCCGAAUUUGUCCCGAUUUUCACCCGGACCACAUUAUUAAGGGCGUGCCGUGAAAGCACUGCCUUUAACGUCCUCUACAACUUGUCGUCGCAUCCGCUUUUUCACCAUACAAACAGCGUACCGGCCCAGUAACAUGUUUGAGGCUUCUGCAGACUCACGUAAGUGACU